AUGGGGCUUGCCGCACAUCGCUGUGGCUCACGACCCGGUGAACGAGGAGGCACCUUUGCCUCGCUGCUCUCCCCACUGGACCGGGACCUCCAGGAUGGACCGAGUGUGCUGAUUGCUGCCUCCCCAGGGCCCUGCCCGUUUGUCAAAUGGACGAGGGCCCUGGAGGACGUGGUUGAUCUCUCACUGCUGUCUGCUGUGCGGAUCAACGGGGAUGGCCAAGAGAUCCUGUACCUGGCAGAAGGUGACAAUGUGAGGCUGGGCUGCCCUUACAUCCUGGACCCUGAGGACUAUGGUCCCAACGGGCUGGACAUCGAGUGGAUGCAGGUCAAUUCAGACCCCUCACACCGGGAGAAUGUGUUCCUCAGUUACCAGGACAAGAGGAUCAAUCACGGCAACCUUCCCCACCUGCAGCAGAGGGUCCGCUUUGCAGCCUCAGACCCCAGCCAGUAUGAUGCCUCCAUCAACCUCAUGAACCUGCAGGUGUCUGAUACAGCCACCUAUGAGUGUCGGGUGAAGAAGACCACCAUGGCCAGCCGGAAGGUCAUCGUCACUGUCCAAGCGCGGCCUGCGGUGCCACUGUGCUGGUCUGAGGGCCACAUGACCCACGGCAACGACGUGGUGCUCAAGUGCUUUGCCAACGGUGGCACCCCGCCUCUCUCCUACAAGUGGGCCAAGAUCAGCGGCCACACCCACCCCUACCGCGCCGGCUCCUACCACUCACAGCACAGUUUCCACUCGGAGCUCUCCUACCAGGAAUCCUUCCACAGCUCCCUGAACCAAGUUUCAGGGCUGAACAACGGUGACCUGGUGCUGAAGGACAUCUCCCGUGAGGACGAUGGGCUCUAUCAGUGCACGGUGGCCAACCACGUGGGCUAUAGUGUGUGCGUGGUGGAGGUGAAGGUCUCAGACUCCCGGCGCAUAGGCAUGAUCAUAGGCGCAGUGCUGGGCUCUCUGCUCAUGCUGGGCUGUCUGUUUGUGGGCAUCUGGGGGCUCGUCUGCUGCUGCUGCGGGGGCGCCGGCUCUGGCGGCUCCCGCAGUGGCUUCGUCUUCAGCACCGGCGGCGGGGUCGGCGGAGGGGCCUGCGGCGACUUGGCUAGUGAGAUCAGAGAGGACGCCGAGGCGCCCGGGUGCAAGGUCGGCGGGCGCGGCCGCAGCGUCACCCACCUGCUGGGGUACCCGACGCAGACCGUCAGCCGCUCCCUGCGCCGCAAGUACUCCCAUGAAGUCGUGCACUAUCCCAUUGUGCAGAUGAAGAAACAGAGGCUUGAGGAAGUAGCUAUCUUGACCAAGGCCACAAAGGCCACCACUGACCCUUCAGGAGAAUAUGGGACAUUUGCAGCCCAGAGUGGCUGGGUAGCCAAAUAUCUGCUUCAACCCUGCAGCAGCUCCGCGGCUGAGGGCCCAUGCAGGGAGGUGCUGGCCUCCAUCUCCGAAGCCUGGAGCCUCCCUGCCAUCUGCCCAGGCACCCCAGACUCUCCUUCCACCAGCCAGCCUGACCCCGAGGGAACUUGA